GGCUGGAAUAACCUGCAGUCACCCAUUAUUCCGCCUCUCGUCGCGUAUCUGCUACUGCCCACUAUCCACCACUAUUCAUAUCAAGUCACACCUCGACACGAUCUGGAGGCAUUGAAGGGGUAACAUCAUGGGCGCCCUUCUCUCUCUGCCAUUGUUGGCAAUCCCGAGCGCCAGCACGCUCAUCACCCUUGCGACCUCUUGUUGCGGCGCUGCGACCUGCUCAGCAGUAUGUAGCGCAUGCGGCAAGUUCCAGAAUAGCAUGGCGACGAGAAUUGCUUACGCUUUCAUCCUUCUCUUCAACUCAAUCGUAUCGUGGAUCAUGCUCACUCCUUGGGCGCUCAGGAAACUGCAGCACAUGACCCUGGACUACAUGGAAAUUCGAUGUGAUGGCAAGGACUGCCAUGGUUGGGUAGCGGUUCAUCGGAUUAACUUCGGACUCGGUCUCUUCCAUCUGAUCCUCGCCUUCGCAUUACUCGGAGUGAGAUCCUCCAAAGAUGGCCGUGCCGUCCUUCAAAAUGGGUUCUGGGGCCCCAAGAUCAUCCUGUGGCUCGCGCUCGUGGUUGCAUCAUUCUUCAUCCCGGAGUCGUUCUUCUUCGUCUAUGGACACUACAUCGCCUUCUUCUGCGCCAUGCUUUUCUUGCUGCUCGGAUUGAUCCUCCUCGUGGACCUGGCCCACUCUUGGGCCGAGAUCUGCCUGCAGAAGAUCGAAGACCAUGACUCUCGGACUUGGCGGGGUCUGCUCAUCGGCUCCACGGUGGGCAUGUACCUUGCGUCCCUCGUCAUGACGAUCUUGAUGUAUGUCUUCUUCGCCCACAGCGGGUGCUCCAUGAAUCAGGCGGCCAUUACUAUCAACCUCGUCAUUUUCCUCAUCAUCUCGAUCAUAUCCGUGCAGCCCAUCGUGCAGGAGUCCAACUCGAGAGCCGGCUUGGCCCAGGCCGCGAUGGUGACGGUCUACUGUACGUACCUGACCAUGUCAGCUGUGUCCAUGGAGCCGGAUGACCGGCACUGCAACCCGUUGAUUCGCGCCAAGGGCACCCGCACCGCGAGCAUCGUUUUGGGGGCUAUUGUCACGAUGGCCACGAUCGCAUACACCACCACCCGCGCGGCCACGCAGGGCAUUGCGCUGGGCUCCAAGGGCGGUCACAGCUACUCGCAGCUGCAGUCAGAUGACAACGAGCACGGUCUCGUGACCCAACAGCCCACUAGCCGCCGCGAGAUGCGGGCCGAGGUUCUCCGUGCGGCGGUUGCCAGCGGCAGUCUGCCGGCCAGCGCCCUCGACGAGAGCGACGAUGAGAGCGACGAGUACGAUACCAAGGACGACGAGAAGGGCUCGACCCAGUAUAAUUACUCCUUGUUCCACAUCAUUUUCUUCCUCGCGACAACCUGGGUCGCGACCUUGCUGACCCAGAACCUGGACCCGGAGGCUGCGGAUGACUUUGCGCCCGUGGGGCGGACCUACUGGGCCAGUUGGGUGAAGAUCAUCAGCGCGUGGGUCCACCAAAUCCAAUCCGGCCAGGUGAUCACGGACCUGUGCUCCGUGGCGAAGGAGCUGGUAGAAAACAGUCUCGAUGCGGGAGCGACAUCGAUCGAAAUCCGCUUCAAGAACAACGGUCUGGACCUCAUCGAAGUCCAAGAUAACGGCGGCGGGAUCGCGCCCGAGAACUACGAGAGUUUGGCCCUAAAACACCAUACCUCAAAACUAACCACCUUCACCGACCUCUCAACGCUCCAAACCUUCGGCUUCAGAGGCGAAGCGCUCUCAUCGCUCUGCGCAGUCUCAACCUUCCGCGUGACAACCGCCCAAGCCCACCAAGUCCCGAAAGCAACACGACUGGAGUUCGCAACCUCAGGCCGUUUGCAAAAUACACAGAUCGUAGCGGGACAGAAGGGCACAACGGCGACAGUGGAGCAGAUCUUCCGCACGCUACCGGUGCGACGGCGCGAGCUGGAGAAGAACAUCAAGCGCGAGUACACGAAGGUCUUGAACCUUCUACACGCAUAUGCGUGCAUCAGCACGGGGGUGCGGUUCUGCGUGCGCAAUAUCACCACCGCCACCCAGAAACAGCAGAAAGUAUCAGCGCAGCGCAACGUGGUCGUCUUCAGCACGAACGGGAAUGCAACCACCAAGGCGAAUUUGGCGAAUGUGUAUGGCGCGAAGACGCUGACGGCGUUGAUGGAGUUGGGGUUGGAGUUGGAGUUUGGCGGGCACAGUAAAGAGAGGAUUAGGGUGAGUGGGUUUGUGUCCAGGCCGGUGGUCGGCGAGGGGAGGCAGACGCCCGAUCGGCAGAUGUUCUUUGUGAAUGCGCGGCCCUGCGCGCUGCCGCAGAUUGCUCGGGCGUUUAAUGAGGUCUAUCGCUCGUAUAAUGUGGCGCAGGCGCCGUUUGUGUUUGCGAAUCUGGAGUUGGAUACCGCGGCGUAUGAUGUUAAUGUGUCGCCGGAUAAGAGGACAAUUCUGUUGCAUGAGGCGGGCAGCUUGAUUGAGGAGUUAAAGGUUGCGCUUGCGGGGCUGUUUGGGGCUGCUGAGCAGUCAGUGCCGCAGGUGGUUCUGGGCAGGCAGUCCCGGUUGCUGGGGAUGGGGUCGGGGCGGUCGAUGAGUGGGGAUGGUGCUGGGGUUGGGGGGGAGGGGGAGAAGGAUGAAAAGGAGAAGCCACAGGCCAGUGCCCAGGACCGCAUGAAGAGUUUCUUGAGCGGUCUUGGGGCUGGCGACAGCCGUGUCGAUACGGUGGACGAGCCCCAGGAAGCAAUCCCACAAGCACCGCAGACUCAGCCCGACUCGCCCGAAGCAGAAGAAGACAACGAGCUCUUCGUCCGGCAGACCAGCACGCCACCAAAGACUCGGCAGGAGCCCCAUUCGCAGGACGAAACAGUUCCCACACAAGACAGACAGGCUGAUGCGCCGUCGAGCCAGCCAAUCGCUUCUACGCAGGGCUCGCUGCCUUCGGAGGAAACACCGAACAUUAUACAAAACGCCUUUGAUCGGAUGCGCCCUAGACGCAUGCCGGCCGAGAUCGCUACGAUAACAAUCGGGGAUCGGACUGUCACGUCCGUGGUCGGAAGCGGCGUCCCGAAGAAGAGAUUCAGUGACACCACCGCCAGCAGCGGGUCUACGAGGAAGAGGCGCAUACACACGCCGUCCCGGCCGAGUAUAUUCGGCAAGCAUAUGCGGGACUUCGCCGCCCCGGGAUCCCAACUGGCGCAGGAUGAGAGUGAGCAAGAGGAAGAGAUCGAAGAUGAUGGGUGCUCCGACGAGCUCGAAGAGGAACCGGAGGACAUGGAAGAAGAAGCAGACGAGGGGGACAUUGAGGGUGAUGAAGCAGAAGAAAUGAAAGCGGCUAGCUCCCAGCCGUCUCUACACUCUGACCAUGAAAGUGUCUCAGAAGCGGGCGACGUCGAUGAAGCAGCCGCCGAGGAAACUGCCCCGCAAACCAUCUCUGAAAACAUGAGCGAGGAGGAAAAGAAACAACACGAAGAAGCCGAAGUGCAACGACUGAUCCGCCAAGCGGAGGAAAAGGCCGCGUUACCGCACAACAGCGAGCAGCGCGCCAAUAAGAUGAACAAGGGCGCAGCCCACCGCGACUCCACCGUCCAACUUGUGGCCACCGUCGACGGCUCGCUGUCUAAGAUUCAAUCACAAUUCCGCCAACUGCAGCACUGUUUCCGUCGCGCAGACGCCGCAUCCUCAGGAGCCCAGGCUGAGGUCGCGGCCUCGCAGGAGACAGCCGAGGAACGACUGUCCCUGACGGUCAGCAAGGAUGACUUUGCCGGCAUGCGGAUCAUCGGCCAGUUCAACCUGGGAUUCAUCCUGGCGACGCGAUCCCGCGGCACGGCGUCCGGCGCCCAGGACGAGCUGUUCAUCAUCGACCAGCACGCGUCGGACGAGAAGUACAAUUUCGAGCGGCUGCAGGCGGAGACGGUGGUGCAGAACCAGCGGCUGGUGCGGCCCAAGCAGCUGGAUCUGACGGCCGUGGAGGAGGAGAUCGUCAUCGAGAACCAGGCCGCGCUGGAGAAGAACGGGUUCGUGGUGGAGGUGGACGACAGCGGGGACGAGCCCAUCGGCCGCCGCUGUAAGCUGGUGUCCCUGCCGCUCAGCAAAGAGGUGGUCUUCGGCGAGCGCGAUCUGGAGGAGCUGAUCGUGCUGCUGUCGGAGAUGCCCUCGACCAGCGGGGGCGGGGGCGCGGACGGGGCGAGGUAUAUCCCGCGUCCGACCAAGGUGCGCAAGAUGUUCGCCAUGCGCGCUUGCCGGUCCAGUAUUAUGAUCGGCAAGAACCUUACGACGAAGCAGAUGCAGAGGGUGGUGCGUAACAUGGGCACGAUCGACAAGCCGUGGAACUGUCCUCAUGGCCGGCCUACCAUGCGGCAUUUGAUGAGUCUGGGGGAGUGGGACGAGUGGGACGAAUGGGGGGACGAGGCCGACGAUGGACGGGAUCGUCUGGAUAUCUGGCGGGACUUCUUCGGGGCAGUCGAAGAUGAAGAGGAAGAAUAACUGGAAACAAUCUCUGGAUAUCGUUGCUGG